CACUUUCGCUUAGCUUUCUGCGUCAGUUGAAAUAGUGGUCCGUGUGUGCGCUAGUUAGUAACGGAAAUAAUAUAAGAGUUUGUUAUAUGUACGAGGACAGGCAUGACACGGCUGAAGAUACUUUGUAUCAUCGGGGCGCUGCUCGUAGUACAAGGCGCCGCCAUCAUCAGAGUUCCCCUUCAUAAAACGAGAAGCCUACGGCGCCUGAUGAGCGACAAUGGGCUGUCUCUGGAGGAGCUUCGGGCUUUGGCGAAGAGCACUGGAGCACCUGACAGCUCUCCCUCCCCCAACCUGCCUGUGGAGAGGCUGACCAACUUCAUGGAUGCCCAGUACUACGGGGUGAUCAGCAUCGGCACCCCUCCACAGGACUUCACUGUGCUUUUUGACACCGGCUCCUCCAACCUCUGGGUCCCCUCCAUUCACUGCUCUUUCCUCGAUGUGGCCUGCUGGUUUCAUCAUCGCUACAACUCGAAGAAGUCAAGCACAUACGUCGAGAACGGCACACAGUUUUCCAUCCAUUACGGCAGAGGCAGCUUGUCUGGCUUCAUCAGCGGCGACACGGUCUCUGUUGGAGGUUUGCCUGUUCCUGGCCAACAGUUUGGUGAAGCAGUGAAGCAGCCCGGCAUCACAUUUGCAGUGGCACGGUUCGAUGGGGUCCUGGGCAUGGCCUACCCAUCCAUAUCUGUAGCUCAUGUCACCCCAGUGUUUGACACGGCCAUGGCUGCCAAGCUGCUGCCCCAGAACAUUUUCUCUUUCUACAUAAGCAGAGACCAAAAAGCAGCGGUAGGAGGAGAGCUGAUUCUGGGUGGGACAGACCCGCAGUACUACACCGGAGACGUGCACUACGUCAACGUCACACGAAAGGCCUACUGGCAGAUUGAGAUGAACGGAGUUGAAGUUGGCAACCAGCUGACUCUCUGCAAAUCCGCUUGCCAGGCAAUUGUUGACACUGGAACGUCCCUGAUCGUAGGCCCUGCGGAGGAAGUCAGAGCGCUGCAACGAGCUAUCGGAGCCCUACCGCUGCUGAUGGGAGAGUACUUUAUUGACUGUAAGAAGAUCCCAUCUCUCCCAGUCAUCUCCUUCAACAUCGGAGGGAAGAUGUUGAACCUGACUGGAGAGGAUUAUGUCUGGAAGGAAUCUCAGAUGGGCGUAUCAAUCUGCCUGUCAGGCUUCAUGGCCAUGGAUAUCCCGCCUCCUGCAGGGCCCCUGUGGAUCCUGGGAGAUGUAUUCAUUGGGAAGUACUACACUGUAUUCGACAGGGACGCCGAUCGUGUGGGGUUUGCGCCUGCCAACUAGUCUACUGAACACUGUUUGUAUAAAAUAUGUUGCACUUGUCAUUUGUAGUGGUUAUUUGACUUUAAACAUCAAGCCAAGCAAAACCAAAUUUCAUCAGCAACCUUGAAUUAUUUUGAUUUGCACCAAGCAAAAGCAUUUAACAGCUUCAUAUCACUGCAAGGCCUGGCUUGCCACAUAAAUAUCUCACAUCUGCUUAUGAGGUUUACCAGAAGCUGGUUUUCAAAGAGCAAGUAUGGCUGCUAUGUUAAUAGCUAUUUACAGACAUUUACCAACUGUGACUGACAUCGAGUGUAGAUGUUUGCUGCCACAGAACAAAGGGACUGCUUCACUGAUUUCUUGCACCUGCCUGAGAUAAAACUAUGCAUUUUGAUGUAUGUAUGCAUUUAUUUUGUCAUUGACAUGCUUUGGGGGAAGAAAUGCACCUCAAUUUUGUUUUUGUUUCAUUCCCAGAAACUGAAACGCAUUUCUAGUGUUUCAUAAUCAAUGUUAUAAUUAAGAGCUACUUUUGUACACUGAAGGUAUUCUCAGGAUGUUUCUUUUAAUACGUGAAUUUUAUUACCAAAGUCACUAAUUAAAAUUUGAUAGAAAUAACGCUUGUGUCAAAUGGCAUCCAAAUUUGGAUGGAGGGGUUUAGAAUAUAACCUACCAUAGAAUUCAAACUGCAUGCUUCCUUACAACAUAAACAUAAACAACAUACACAAAGAUGAACCUACAGAAUGUCAUUUGUAACAUUUAAUGAAGUAUACAAAGUGCUGCACCGUUCAACUCCAGAGCUGAACUACAAAAAGAAAAGCUGGGGGAAAACACACAGCAUGCAACACAUGGCCAGUAUGCUCUCCACAAGGUAGAGGUAGAGAUCUACUUUAGGUUUUGUUUUACAAUAACAAACAUGGCACAGUGACUCCCCUCUCACCAGCACAGUAGUCAUUUGUAGCAUAAACUAGGUCUGAAAAGGAAGACGCUUAAUAUGCGCGCAAAAGACGAUCUACUGUGGAUUCAUUUUAUAUUGGUACAUCCAGAACAAAGCGCUUGAUGAAGCACAACAAGUGAUACUUUACAUGUUGAAUUGAAUCGAUGCAAAUAAAUAUCUGGCUGUUUUUGGUUACAAAUGUACAAUAAAUACAAAAAUAUU